CGCCGGUCCCCGCUUUCUCUCUGAUCGCGUUGCCGGCGUGCAAGAUGGCGGUGAAGAAAGACAAGAAGCCUAAGAAGUCAACCUGGAAGUUUAAUUUGGACCUUACUCAUCCAGUAGAAGAUGGAAUUUUUGAUUCUGGAAAUUUUGAACAGUUUCUACGGGAGAAGGUUAAAGUGAAUGGAAAAACUGGAAAUCUUGGGAAUGUCGUUCACAUUGAACGCUUCAAGAAUAAAAUCACAGUUGUUUCUGAGAAACAGUUCUCUAAAAGGUAUUUGAAAUACCUUACCAAGAAAUACCUUAAAAAGAACAAUCUUCGUGAUUGGCUUCGUGUGGUUGCAUCUGACAAGGAGACUUAUGAACUUCGUUACUUCCAGAUUAGUCAAGAUGAAGAUGGAUCUGAGUCUGAGGACUAGAUGAAGCCAUCCCUUUCAGGGCUUUGCUUACUAACAAAACAAAUGAAGUAUACAAGAGAAACAUCUUGAAAUGGACCUUUAGUUUAUCAGUGAAUAAAAAACAUUACUCUGUA